AUCGAUUGUUUUGUGAUUGAUUAGCUAUUGAUCGAUUGAUUGAUUUGUGAUUGAUUGAUUGAGUCAAGUUCACCACCGCAAUAUUGAUAUUUACGUAAAAAAAAUAAAUAUUUUUCUUCGGAAAUGAUGAAUCCAUUUCAACAUCAUCAACAACAACAGCAACAACAAUUUUUAAAUGAUUUAGAUUCGAUUGAAAAUUGGAAACGUGUCCAAACACUUGGUUCGGGUACAUUUGCAACAAUAACAUUAUGGGUUAAUAAAGAAACGGAUGAAAAAUUGGCAUUGAAACAAAGCUAUAUGGAUGUUCAACGUUUUAGUAAAAAAGAAAUAACCUAUUACAAUGAAAGAUGGCAACAAGAAAUAAAAUUAAUGAAAAAAUUAAAUUGUGAAAAUGUUGUAAAAGCAUUAGAAUUACCAAAAGAAUUUGAACAAUUAUCAAUCAAUAAUGGUAUACCAAUAUUAGCAAUGCAAUAUUGUAGUGGUGGUGAUUUACGUAAAGUUUUGAAUGAAUCGGGAAAUUGUUGUGGUUUAAGUGAAAAAGAAGUUCGAGAGAUUUUGAAACAAAUUGGUUCGGCAAUCAAUUGUCUACAUAAUUUGAAUAUUGUACAUCGUGAUUUGAAGCCGGAAAAUAUUGUCCUGCAACCAUUACCCAAUGAUAGAAUUUUAUAUAAAUUAACAGAUUUAGGUUUUGCAAAACAACUAUCGGAAACAACAUCAGCAAAUUCAUUUGUCGGAACGUUUGCCUAUUCCGCACCAGAACUUUUCCUCACCACUCCAUAUACAUCAUCAGUUGAUAAUUGGAGUUUUGGUGUUAUUGCAUUCGAAAUCGUAACCGGUCGGCGACCAUUUCUACCUAAUCAUCCUGUAAUAGAAGUAUUAGAUGCAAUACGUAGGAAAAAACCGGAUGAUAUUUGUACGGAAAUUGAUGAUAUGGGUGGAAAUUUUUAUUAUUCAAAAGAAAUCCCCCCAAUUAAUCAUAUUGGUAAUACUUUUAAAUCGGAUUUAGAACAAUGGCUGAAGAUGGUCCUGCAAUUUGAUCCGGAAAAACGUGGCGGUCGAAUGGCUUAUAAAGAAAUUGAAAAAAUAACAAAUAAAAAAAUCAUUGAAAUAUUUUCAAUUUGUUCAUAUGAAACAUUUACAUUGGAAAUUAAUGAAAAAACUCAACUUCGAGAAUUGAAAGAGAAAAUAUUUUCCUAUUCAAAUAUAAUACCAUCGAAUCAAUAUUUAUUCUAUCAAAAUGGUGAUAAACUUUCCGAACGGAUUGGCCAGCAAAUCAUACAAACAUGGUAUCAACCACGUUCAUGGUUUGAACGUUAUAAUCCUAUUAUUAUAAAUUUAUUUGAUUAUUCAAAACCAGUCAGUUAUCAAGAAUUUUAUAAAUUUCUUUGCCUACCAAAUCGUGUUGAAAAAAUGCUUAUGAAUGUUAAUGGUAUUGAUGAUGGUAAUGGCGAUGAUUAUGAUGAUUUAAAAUUAACAUGGCGUAAUUCAGUGUUUGUAGCUCGGCAAACGGUGAAAAAAUAUCGUUUCAUACAUAAUACAUUAAAAAGUUGCCUGCUAAAUUCAUUACAAAAAUUUAAUCAAUUACAAAAUGAAAAUUCCCACCUAUUCAAUCAACUAAAUCAGCUAUUUUCAUUGAUAAAUUUUUCGGAAAAAUUAUUAUGGAAAAAUUAUCAACAAAAUCCGGAAGAUGGUGGCGCCAUUGAUGAUUAUGAUGAUCAAGACAUUCGUCCAAUACUGAUAAAACUCAAGAAUCUUCACGAAUGGCGCCAUCAGAUUACUGAACAUUUCGAUCAAAAUCAAAGAAUUAUACCCAAAUUCAAUAAAGAAUUAUUUUUAUUUCAAGAUUUUUUUCAAUCACCCGAAAUCGACCCGGAAUUAUGGUCCAAAUAUGAUGAUAUACAAAAAGCAUAUGAUAUGUUAAGAAAAAUGAAAAAAAUUGAUUAUAAAGAAUCAGCAUUUUCCAAUAAUAAUUUAAUGGUAAAAUUAUUAUGUGAUAUAUUCCGAUUGGUUGAAAAACUAAUGAAACAAAUGUUUUCGGUUCUAUCGAUCCUGAUUGAAUUUCUACGGAAUAUCCGCAAUCAACGAGAAAAUUGUCAACGAAUUCGAAUGGAAUUCCGACAGAAAGAAGAAUUCGAAAAUGAUUUGGAAGAAUUUCUGUUUAGUCACGUGAUUCAUCGUCGUCAGAAUCGUUAUCAUGAAAAUUCAACUAGUUCAACAGAAUCAUCGGAAAUGAUCAACGACGUCGACAGAAUCACUACUGAAUCCCACCAGAAUCCUGAACAACCUGAAAAGAAUUUCAUCUGGGAAGAAUUUUUCGAAAAAUUUCAAAAAGAAAAUCUCGAAUGGAAAUCCAAAUCAUUUGAUUUUGGUUCAUUAGAAUUUAAAGAUUUGUUUCGGUAG